CGUAAACUCAAACUGCAAACGUCAAAAUUACCGGGUGAGGUUAUGUGUACAUUAGCAACUAAUAAAAAUAAAAAUAAUUUCUUAUCUUAUUAAUUAAGCUUGUGAAUUACAUCACAUUUUAUAUAGGUGUGAUGAAGAAUGUUUAGAAUUGAAUCUUACAUCACUUCGAUAAUCCUGAGCUAUGCUGAUCGAUAUAUCAAGAAUUUUAGGCAGCAAGAUGCACAGGUUUCCCUGUGGGAAGGGGAUGGCUCGUUUCAAAACCUAAACUUGGAUCUGGAUGUGUUGGAACAAGAACUGAACCUUCCAUUUAGUUUUGUCUCUGGACACAUCCACGAACUGCUGAUCCACGUGCCAUGGACUCGUCUCACCUCCGAACCUGUCCAGAUCACCAUCAACACUAUAGAAUGUGUUAUGAAACUGAAACCUGCUGGGAGUCACCAGACCACAGCAAAAUCUACAAGGAAAAGUCCCCGAGCCUUGGACGACCCCCAGAGUCAGUCCUCACUUAUGUCUUCACUAGUCAACAAGAUCAUCUGUAACUUGUCUGUCACUUGUAACAAUCUUAUACUCAAAUACGUUGAGGAAGAUAUUGUCCUAUCAAUGAACAUCAAGACCCUCAGUUUCGGCACAGUCAACCAUAACUGGAAUCCUGCAUUCAUAGAACUUAGCCCAACACAGUUGGAGCUGCGGAAAUUGAUCUCACUCUCAGAUGUAACGAUUUGUCUUGACAAAAGGAAUGCUUCAGGACGGAUUGAAUCAUAUUUGGAGCCACUGCUAUACCGGUGCUUCAUGACUGUCCGGCUGUGGCAGCGCUAUCCUGCAGUGAGUGCAAAGCGGGCAGCCUCCACUCGUAUGGACAUUCUCUGCGAGCGCAUGGCCUUUACUGUGAGUGAGCCUCAGGUACCAAUGUUGCUACGCUUGAUGGCGCUGUGUCUGGCACUACAUAGGAAGGAACUGUCCCAGACCAAUCUUCCGAUUUCUUCUGAUGAUUCAUCUACUGAAAAGAGUGAGGAAGAUAUCGUAGCUGGCCAAGCUGGAGACCCCAACGAGUCCUGGUCUAGCUGGGCUUUCAGUUGGAUGCCAACUUUGAUUCCGCUGACUGAAGAUCCAGACUACGAUAUGUAUCUGAACCCACCAUCAAUGUCCAAUACCAUCAUCAAUCUAGGAUUCUACAUUGACACAUUUACUCUGGCUCUCAAACUAUGUGAGCCUGACGGCAGUGGAGGAGUCAAGACCCAGCCCGAAGCAUUCCUGCAAGUCCUGUUGAAGGGCUGCAGAAUGGAUCUUCUCUCUCACAACUCCAUCUGGACCAACGUGCAGAUGGGCAUUAGCCAGGCCUCUGUCAAACCAGACGGAGACUGUUGUUGUGGUCUCUCUGAACCCACUCAGUUGGUGUACCUGUCGAGUGGUUCAAUGCAAGAGGAGUUUCUAUCUGGUUCACUUUUUGACACAGUUCCUUCCCAAUUGGAAGAUCGUAUUGGACACUCAUGGAAAUACCAUCUUGAAGCAGUUUCAGAGACAAUAAUGUUGGAGAGGACUCCAGCACUUGCUGUGGACUACUUGUCUUGUGUCCAAGACAAAAUGGAUGAAGAAGAUUCUGAUGAUGAAGAUAAUGAAAGAUUGCCAGCCAAAGAAAAAGUGGUAAUAAGGUAUGUUGCUGGGCCUGUAGUGAUAAGGGUCUGCUCAGGACUUAUCCACAGGAUACAGAUGAUGAUGAAAGCGUGUUCUAGCUACGAUUACGUCCCAUACAGUUCUAACAUUAUUUCGCCUGUUGUUCAAGAUAACCAAGUUCUUGAUCUGGUUCACCGGCUGUCAGAGAAAAGUAUAGAAAUGAAUGAAGAUCUGUACAGCCGCUACUUGCCAGUACACACAGCACAGUUUACUGCAUUCAACACUGUCGUCGAGCUCUACCCAGCUAAUCAUAUGCCCGUUCACUUUUCUAGCCUAGGCAGAAAGCUGUCACGGACUCAGCGCAGGAUCCUGGGGACUCCCGGAUCACCACCUCCCUGUGUCACAGUAGAGUGGAAGUGUGUGUAUGCAACUCUCACACGACCCCUUUACCCUGACAAGAUACUGCUCAUGGCAUCAAAGUUCCACCGGGACAAAUUGCCACUGGAGAUCAUCAACACUUCACUUACCAGGCUAGCAUUCAAGGCUGUUGGUGUGUCAAGCAGUGUGAGGCUACCGUUUCUCCAGGCCAUGAAGGUGGUGGAGAUGUCAAGUGUAUCUAGUGAGCAAACAUGGCAUGCUCUCCUCACACCCUUAGAGGACAGUGUGAGCUCGGACAUCACUGUGAACAUUGAGAAUGUAACGAUAACUUCUUCCAAGGCCAAACUGGUGCUGCUAUACGAGAUUUUGGGUUCACUGAUUGCAACUAACAAUCGACAGAGGUACAUGGCGGCUCACAAGACUAUCUACAACACCUCUCUCCUUCAUGACGCAGCUUCCACCACUGAUACUAUAUACCUAAAGCUGAGCGUGGAACAGCUGGCAGCACGACGUGUGCUGACAGGUGUGAGUGAGACAACAAAUGUGAGUGUGUCAGCAUGUCAGCUGUUCGUGGUACGGCUGCUGGACAGAGGGGAUGAGUGUGAGACUAUGAUAGUAGCAGCUCCUGACACUGACACACCUCUAGACUCUCCACUCCUAGAAGUUCUUUACCAACAGCCCAUCUCACCGAAUGUGUUCCCUCCACUGCUGAUAUUCAGAGUGCGAGAGAUCCGGUUCAGCGCAGACCCGUUGCUGUACUCCUGGCUACUCUACACUCCCACUUCUGCCUUCCCCUCUCACCCCACUGUGCUCAUGUCCCACAAGUCUACAGACUCCCUGAAGUCUCGCAAGGUAUCGGAGAGCAGCCUUAGCAGUUACGUGCGCCUGAACCCCACAACCCAUGAGAGUGGCCACAGCUCGUCUGAGAGGGAGACCACCCCCUCAGGCCAUCCCUCCUCUCAGCCUCUGCUUGAUGGUGUGCAGACUGUGCCUGUUGUGCCCUUGGCAGACCGGGUUGCCAAUUACUAUCCUGUUUGGCGCACUAUGAUUGUAUGGGGUGAAGUGAAUCAAGUGGCAGUUUAUCUGCCGCACAGUAGCCUGGCAGCCUCUACUCCACAUAGCAUGGAGGAAGGGCUUCGGGCAGGACUACGCCAAUUGUCACCCCCUCUUCAGGUGGCUGUGGUCCGUCUGCCUUCUGUCAUCCUCAGGUGUGAUAACCACAAGCAGGCUGGUCAAUUAUUUAAUGAACCAUUGCCAAUCCGACUGCCUCCUGCCAUGUGGAACACAGAAAAAGACAAUUUCCCAUGGACUCUGACAGUGUCAGACCUCCAUUGCUACACUCUGCACGGUUCAAAUCGGUUGCCUCUCCUGAAACCAGUUUCAUUCAACUGCACUAUGGGUACAGCACCCAAGAUGUCUGACCGUCAGGUUUUGUCUUCGUUGGCUCUUUGUGUGCACUUGGAUACAACACCUGUCAGUAUCAAAAUAUCUGGCGAUCAGGUGUCCUUAAUUGUAAACCUUCUGGUGGCUCAACUGAGAGUACUCAAUGUGCUGAUACCAGCUGCUGAUGCCACCUCAAAUGCUGAUUCCUCAUCUCUCAAGUUGCUCAGCAGUGACGAGUCAUCCAACUUCUCACAAUCCACUGACAUUGCUAGAAGUGGUGGGCCAGUCAAGGUGAAGUUGACAGGCUGGCUGCAGUGGACCCUAGCUCGUACCACCCUCUCCAUGUACAACCGGCCAUCUCGAACCUCUCCAAACGAGCUCAAGCUAACCCUUGAUGUGGAGGAUGUAAUCCUGUCCCUGGAUGCUGAGAGGGUGUACCACAAAGUCAAGUUCAAAGUUGCCACUGCCUCAGUCUGCCAUUACAUCAGGAUGUCAGCCAAAGAGGAGUGGAAGAAAGGGGAAUUUCAAGGAUUGGUGAUGCGUGGCUAUGAUCCUGAUGGGUUUACGAUGAAACAUUCCGCUGAGGACAGUCAGGCCCCUGCUGGGUUCCUCAUCGCCACAGUCACCAGGGCAAAAUGCAACAACUACCAUUCCAGGCUCGGUAGUCCAUCCAAGCAUUCCGCUCUGAUCAAAAAGGCACUGAAGAGCGACAAGUUCAUAACAGAGGUGGAGGUGAAAAUGCAGCCCUUAGACUUUGUAUUGUCCCCGACAACACUUGUCAUGUUUGUACAAGUCCUGGAGCCCCUGACGAGCCUGCGUCAGGUGGGGGUUGGUGGGGGAGUACAGAAGCAUCCACCACCUCCCAGCCAUGGGUACAGCGGUGUGCUACCCUUACUGUAUCUGGACCUCAUGACUAUACGAGUGGUACUGCCCACCUCUCAUAAAAAAGUGGGAGAUCAUCAUCCUGAUGUCCUCAUCAUUCAGUUUGAUGGAAUGACAGCCAAUCCUCAUCCUGAGAACCCAAUAUGCCGUACUCCACUGAGGCCUGAUAUCUACCACAAAGGAGAGAAACAGAGGAUCUUGAAUGUUCCUGGAUCUGAACUAGAGGAUCGCCAGUACCAGUUUAAUUUGAACAACUUGAAAGUUCAAACAGGCUUGUGGCAUCAGCUGGAGGAGAUAUUCGUGCGAGAAGUAACAGUGUCAUCACAACAGAACCCAGCCUUGGACUGGAACGAGGGGCGGAACCCCAUGUUUCAAGUGCCGGCCCAUCAACUGAUGCACUCUCUAGUGAACGCUUUCAACCUCAGCAUUGUCGUUGCACCAGCCAUGUUCUACCUUAACAAAGAUGUGGUCUGCGGUCAUGCAUGUGAGAUAAACGCAGUGUCAGACUUAGUGGUGAGUGUGACCCUUGACCAGUUGACUUUGUGUGGGGUGUUGGCUGCGGAAUUGCUGCGUGUGCUGCAGUCUACAUCUCGCAGGCAGGGCUCUGGCUGUGGAAACGGCACUUCUCCCUCCCUCCUUCAUCCCUUGCCCCCUCAUACUCUGCUCGAGCAUGACAGUGGCAUCGAGUCUACAGACAGCGUGUCCUCACAUGUCAAACAAGUGGAUCCCAACAUUCCUGCAGUUCAUGCUGUGUCUUCGUCUGGUUUCUCUCAGAUCAGCGGGUUUGUCCACUCUUCCUUGCCCUCCACUAUUUACCCCACACCUUUAGUUUGGCCCAGUAAAAGGUCUGUAGUUCCAUAUGAGUUGCUGAUCACAGGCAGUGCUCUGUCGUUCUCAAUAUUUGGAGUGGAGUAUGGGGAGCCGCCAACUUAUGAGCCAUUACUACACACUCAUGUUUCCCAACCUCACGCCUUCCUCUGUCGUAACACUGACAACAUCGUGUCUUGCCAGGUGUCUGUGUUUGAUCUGGGAGUAAGCUGUGGCGUUCAGGGACACACGACUGCCAAGCAGGUGACUGUCAGGGGGUUCCCUCAACCUGUGGUGGAGACCAGGACUGGGGACCCUCACCCCACCACUGGCAUACCUCCAGCAGUAUUCACUGCCAAGGCAGUCUGGGAUAACGACAAGCCUCCCAAGAUUGAUAUAGACAUGGGUCGACCAAUAAGGAUUAUUUGUAAUCUAGAAGAAGUUCAGUACUUGCAGAGGUUGCGAUCACUGGUUUAUUCAUCAUUCUUUGUUCCGUUUAACAGACAUUCAGAAGAGAAGUUUGUAAAGGUGAAAGAAUCUUCUUUGGAUGAAGAAGAAAAAGAUCAUCAUUUGCGCAAGAUGCUGAAAAAAUUCAGUAAAUUUACACUGAGCACUCAACAGUUGGUCCUGGUAGUCAGUGCAUCUGUUCAGAGUGAUGCUGAGCUAUGCUUGAGUAUUGGCAGUUGUACUGGUCAAGUUUCCAGUACUCUCUCCUUGCAGCAAGCUUUCACUGGGGUUCUCACUCUGGACACAAUAACUGUCUCCACACGCAAGGUGACAUCGCCACGAGCACGACUUCUCCUGAACCCCUGGCAACUGACAGUACAGACCAGUCUGAGUUGGGACAGCUGGCUCUCUACUGCGGACCCUCCACUGGUUAACAUAUCUGUAGACUCUGACAUCCUGUCAAUACAACUGUCCCCGGAACAGCUACAUUGUCUGGGUGCUGUUUGGCGAGAUUACUCCAGCUACCUUCAGCCUGCCACCCACUCACCUGACAAACCUGCACUGUCCAGAGAGAGCAGUUCAGGAGACUCCAGCACAGAGGAGCAGCAGUACCAUGAUGAUCUCCAGGCCGGAGUAUUCCAGUUGGUAGAGUCUGGCGGGAGUAAAGAUGAUCCUCCUCUCACCUACCAGGUGGUCUUCUGGUCCUCCCCUACUCCUGCCAUGGCCUGGCGUUACCCCCAGCCUCGUGCACUCACCAAGUUCUGUGUGCUCCCAAUACCAUUCAGGGAGUUGGAGGAUGAGCCACAGGCUGAGCUGGUGUGCACGCUGCAGUACUACAGUGAUAGUCAGGCCGGAUAUCAGGAUUAUGCACAAUUCUCACUAUCCGAGAAUGAGACUCAGAUGGUGGAAUUGCCUGGAGGUCCCCCACGAGUUGUAGCAACCACCUGGCGGGUGGUACUCAGCUCUGCUGCAGCCCUUGCCACCCCUGUCAAGGCACUAGCUGCCGCCUGCCGGGUUGACUCGUUCUUCUCUCCUGCACUCAUCCCCUCCCUCCAGCUGGCCGUAGGGCUCACUGCUGUUCAGGUGACCCUGUGGACUUACGCAGAUAACCAUCUGCCUCUUCCAGAACCACUGGAUCGUUACUCCUUGGACAGGAGGUUUCCCGAAGAGCACGACUUCUUUUCUGCUGUCCUCGAGCAGGCAAAUGUAGUGUUUUCAAUGUGGCCUAGAGUGAGCAGGCAGCUUACUGUGAAGGGACGACUGCGGGCAGAUGUACUUAACUACAAUACGCUGAGCUAUCAGAGCUGCGUGCCUCCAGUGCCUCUUGUGACCACCGGGUACACUACAAGUGAUUGUCAACAGUGGAGUCUGGUUACCGGACAUGUUCACGCCCGUCUUGGUCCUGCACUCAGCCACACCCUUGCUUCAUCCCUAGCCUCCUGGGGAUCGCAGCCCACUCACUACGUAGUCCUCACACCAUAUGUCGUGUGCAACAACACCUGUCUGCCCAUCAGGUUCAGACAAUCCGGUUCUGAUGAAUACAUCGCCCUUCAAUGCUUCCAGUGCCACCUCUACUCAUGGAGAACCACAAAACGGCCACUAGAAUUGGAGUUUGGCCUCUUGGAACCAGAAGAUAAUGAAUGGAGCAAGGGACUAGUGCUGCAAGCAGGCACCAACACUGUGGUCAAGCUAAUGACUGCGGGACGACAAUAUGCUCUCAUUGUGUCUGUCAAACGUCUCUCAUCCACAGUCAAUCAGGUGGUGGUGAAUGGCCAGCUGGCAUUACACAACAGCUUGGCUGUACCUCUGGAAAUACGGAUUGUGCCGGAUAGCGGGGACCAGUGUAGUUUGGUGGUACAGAAUGGCAACUCUCCCCCCACGAUAGCCCUGGACCCUCGCUACCCUGUUUCGCUCAAGCUGCGGCUCAGCUCGCUCUCUCCGCUGUGGUCCGGCGAGAUUCCACUCAGGUGUGCGAGCACCAGCAGAUUCACCAAACAGUGGGAAGUGAAGCUUCCUUUGAAAGACCGAGGACAGUUUCGCAGCGUUUGGUGUCACGUUGUGUGGGAAACAGUAGACAAUAUUCAUCAGAUGGUGGUGGUAAUAAGUCCGUUAUACUCCAUAAAGUCAAUGCUCCCCUGCAAGGCCAAUGUGCUAGUGGAGACCCCCACUCUCUCCUCUAGCCAGAUAAUACCUAUCAGUGGUCGAGGAGCAGUACAACACUUGGACACUCCCGGGCUGAGUGACGAGACUCACAAUCUCACCUUCCAGCUUGAUGGUAAGGUCCCAGCCUCCAGCCCUCCAGUGUCUCUUCACUACCACAUCAUGGAUGGCAGCCCGGCCCCUGAGCCUGUGGAGGCAGAUGUGGACACUCUGGUGAACUGCCUACAGCAGCAGCCCCCAAUGGAUGAGUGGCCUUACCUGGGUCCUGACUGGGCCACUGUGGACUGGAUUGUCACCACCCAGCCUGACACAGUUACACAUGUCAAGGUACGGUUCUCAGACAAUUGUGUGGCUUCCAACACACUGUUGGUGGAGGUACAACCCUGGGCUCUCUUGGUCAACACCCUGGGCUCCCACGUCUACCUGCAAGGGAGGGAGAGGACAUUGUGCUCUCUGCCACACCGAGCUGUCAUCUCUCCUCCUCCUCUUGAGAGCACAUUUCAGAUUGGUAUAGAACUCGAGAAUUCGGUUGAAUUGUCAGAUCCUAUCCAACUGAAGCGAGGACCAGGCUUCGAGAUGCCUCAUAUUCCGGGGUUACUUCCACCUUCAGGAUUUAUCAACACAGUUAUUAGAGGAAAUAAUUCGGUCUGUUUCAUGAAUGUUACAUCAUCUGAGGUGAGUUGCAUGCGUCUGAUCCACAUUCGAUCAUCUGUCGUAGUGGCCAGCCUGAGUCGGCGAGACCUGUCUGUCGUGGCGUUAGCAGUAAGAGCCUCACAAUCUCAGUACAUCCUGCCUGAUGAUGUCCUGCGACAGCCCCUGGUGCUGCGGACUCAGUCCUCCAAGUUCAGGUGUCAGCCACUGACAGAGUGGAAGGUGCUGGGAGAAGGAGAGGAGGAGUUAAUCCCCUACCUGGUGGUAGUGGUGGGAGGGGUGGCCAGUUGUCCUGUAAGGCUGCCACAGUCUCAGACUGAGGAGAGAUAUAGUACCACAGUGGGGUUCCCAGCGGCGGCAGAGAAGAAGGUGCAGGAACCACUGGUACUGACUUUGCAGCACACAGACGGACAGAUGCAUGUGUUACUGUGGGACCAGCCCUGUCCUCAACUCACUGUUCACAACAACACAAACAAUACUGUACUCUUUGCCAAGGCCAGGACAGACGGUGCUGGAGGGCAUAUACCUGAUUGUGAGCACCUCAGGUGGCAGCUGGAGAUGGCUCCUGGAACUGUUGCUUACUACAGUUUCCCUGUGGGAACUCUAGCCCCAGACCCCGGUCUGCCAAACACUCUGCCUCCGGCCGCCAUCGCAGUGUUGUCCCCACUUACUGCAGGACCAAAGUGGUCUGAUGCCAUCAGUCUGACGCACUGCACUGGUCGCCUGCUCACAUUGCUGGGACUGCCUGACUUGAGCCUCUCCGUCUGCAAGAGAGGAUUCACUACUCAUGUCACUCUCAUGCAAGCCAGCCACACAGAGAUACUUGCAGUCGACAUUAGAGGUCAACUCACAAGGCAAUUACUCAAUGAAAGGAGGAUCAGCAACACAAGUCACCAUUCAGUCGAAGAAGUAGAGUCGUCUAUGGAUAAUGAACCUUCGCCCCCACCAUCAUUUCCUCCCUCAGAGAGUGGAGCAGUUGAGGUGCAAGGCCUGGACAUCAGCUGCUACGUUCAUGGACUGACGGGUACACUACUAUGUGAGAGCCAACAAGGCUGCGAGAGUCAUGAAGUGGCUGCACUGACUAUGGACUGUGUUGCGGUCACUCUUCACCCACAUCCCCACCAGGAUUCCAGUGUUCGGGAGAUGAAGGUACAUGUGACUGUUGGUGAUAUGCAACUGGACAACCAGGAGUUCUCACUGGGAGGCUAUGAUUUCCCUGUUGUGAUGGUGAUGCAGAGGGCGGUUUUGCGCAAGCCCUUUAACCUUGGUCUCAGCCACCAUGCCCGCACUCUUGUGGAGAAAACUCGAACUGGAGGCUGUGCCGCAGAUCUCACUGUUGUCUUUGAUGUCAACAGCCACUCUAGUAUUGCGGUCCAAGAUGUCAGUGUAAAACUUCUUCCAAUGCAAAUUUACAUUGAAGACAAGUACAUUCUGCAUUUGAAGGAAUGUUUGAUGAACACGGUGCCUAUGUCACUGUUCGGUGAAGUCUCCUCUAAAUCCUCUCCAGCCAAGCCGAGCUACUCCACUCCUCCCAAGAGUGAUUCAGAGACAAAGCCAAGAACAAAAGAUGUGCAAAAAACUGUUGAAAGCGAGGUUGGAAACGGUCUGACCAAAAGCAGCUCCAAGAAAGAACUCAGUGAAGGUGCAGAAGAGGAAGAUUUGUUCAACGUGUCAGAACCUGAUGUUGAGAAUCAGUCUCCAGAAGAAGUGGCUACAAAUAAUGCAGAUGUCUCAGUGAGACUUGCUACACCGGCUUAUGAACCGGAGUCAUUGUGGACUGUACAUACUUCAGCUGUACCACAGCAAGAAUCACAGGAAGAUUCAGAGUGUUUAGGUUUUCCAGUACCCAACGAAGUUCUAAGUGCUUCCAGAGAUCUGGCUCGUCCUUUGCGACUUCGUUCUCUCAGCAUUUCUGAGUUGGAUUUGCUUGUGAGCAUCCACACCUCAACAAGGUUCUACAUAGCUCUAGACCACUCACCACUGCAGUUGGCCGCAUUCAAGCGAUCAUCACUCUUUACCACUGCCUACCGGCUAGGGCAUUCUCUCACACUUCAUUACUUCUUUGGUGCUAUUUAUGGAACAGGAUGGGCUCUUGGUUCUCUGGAGUUAUUGGGUGCUCCAGGAGGCCUAGCUCGCAGUCUAGGACUAGGUCUCCGAGACUUCAUCAGCCUUCCUCUUCAGGGCAUUUUGGUGGGGCCUCGAGCAUUUUUCAUCGGUAUUGGUCAUGGUUCGGCCUCACUAAUGCAACAUUUUGCAGCAGGUACAAUAACGUCAGUGACACGGUUGGCAGCAAGUUGGGCAAGGACACUGGACCGCCUGACAUUGGACUAUCGAGAUUUGGAACGCUCGGAGCAGCUGCGGAGACUGAGGCCCCAAACUCUCACUCAGGGAGUGGUGCAAGGGCUUACAGAGUUUGGGAUUAGUCUUAUUGGUGCCAUCAGCAGCAUUGCCCACCACCCACUGCAGUAUGUAAUGUCGGACCAGCCCGACCGCAGCUUGGUGAACAGUAUCGGACUGGGGCUAGUAGGGGUCAUCACUCGGCCACUCAGUGGAGUGGCAGAGCUCGUAGCGCUCACUGGCGAAGGGCUACUCAGCGGUGUAGGAUGGACUAACACACCUCAGGUACGACAGGAAGCGGUGUCACAGCCAGUACAGGGCACUGAUUCACGACUUAAAUACAAGUGGAAGCUGCUGUUCCCCUCAGACCACCUGUUGCUAGUAACCGAGGCGACCACUGACUGCUUUGAAGCUGUCACCCUCCUGAUCACCAACAACUCCCUGUAUGUCGUCAAUUCUGAACUUGACAUUGUGGUGCGGGCAGUCAAACUUAACGAACUGCAGGCUGACUGCAAUAGCAGUGACCCCACUCUUGUUGCCUUUCGGAUACAACCCGCCAAGGAAAAGGCCCAACUGCUGUCACAGAGCAGGAUAGUGGAAUAUGUGCGAGAGAGUCAGCGCAUUCUGGUCGGGGAGCUCUCAAAUCUUAUAGCGCCUGCCUCUCCUCUCCUAGAGACUCCUGACGAGCCCCACCUACAGUUCUUUGUCAAUCCUCAGCUCCGUAGUCACUUCUUGGCAGUCCUUGCGUUCGCCACCAGCCACACAGUUGGUCGCGGCUUUCCUGUUAUUAGCUGAUAGUUCUGUAUCACUGCCAACCAUCACCACUGACUUGCGCACAAUAAACAGUUGCAAUCAGUCUUCAUUUGCAUUUCAUCAUUCGUGUAAAAACAUUAAAUGAAUGCUGCAACAUUCCAAUUGAUAUAUCAGCUAUUCAAGUCAAAUUGUUGAUUAGUAUUCUAUACCCAUGUAGUAAUAUUGUGUAAAAAUGUACAUAAAACGUUCUUAUAUAGAUUUCAGCGUUUUUUUUUUUCUAGGACGGUAAAAUUUGAACUCGAAUCAUAUAAAUUUCAUUUUUCUACUUGUAUAUACAUUAUCUCUUUAAAAUUUGUCUUAUGGAAUUUUUUUAACCAUUCUUAGUUGCUGCACUACUAAUAAUUUAAUUCAUAAUUCUUUUUAAAAUUGAUAUUUUUCACUUUAUAGCAAUCAUUCCGAUAGUAUUAGUAUUAAGUUAAAAAAAACUUUUAUACCCACUUUUAAGUUGAAAUUUUAUAUUAUUGAUUGUUAUGCUUCUGCUUAGGAACACACUUAAGAUUAUUAUUGAAAUCUUACUAAGGACUGACAGAAUUUACACAAAUUCAAAUAAUAAUUUAUUUAAAAUAUUUUAUUGUUAUUACAAAAAGAUUAUUUUCUAUGUUUUUGUUGUGUCUUUUUGGUAUUAUCAUUGCCUGAAAUUUUAAUAUUUUAGUUUAUCCUUGUUUCUGUUUUUUCCAUUCCAAAACACAGAAUAAAGCAAUACAAUUUUGAAUGCUUUAGUUUUGUUGUAUUUUUUUGGUUUGUGUAUGUAAUGUUGUGAAUAAAAUUAAGUUAUGAACUGUUA